ACACGAAAAUUAUCCUCUCAUCGAGUGAUGUCUUCGACCGCUUCUUGAGACUCACCGCUCGGACUCAAUGGAUGUGUUGGAGAAAUGAUAACUAUAUACACCCUAUGAAUGCUGUUUCGCAAUCCAAUUGAUCCAUAGAUUGAGUCGAUAGAAGUGUCUGUCAGUUGACAGUAAACAAGUGGUCAAAUUUGUGUGCAUUGACCACCGAUUGGCCGCCGGAUUCGCCAUCACUACUAUUGCUAUUGAUAUAUCUGACACACUUGUGGCCAAUACUCGCCGCCAUUUAAGCGCAACAGUGUUUUCGGUGUGAGAAUCGUCCCGAAAGGUGCGGGAAGUGACCGACCGGUAGGCGCUGACCACUCGUAGCGGCCAAUCAUGCCAUUCACGGGCAAACUGCGGCUCUGCGUGAUUGAGGCCCAGGAGCUGAAGCCGACUCAGUUCUCGGUCCGUCACAAACUGGAAGCGGUGGUCGGCAAAGGACAACAGAUGCUGAUCGACCCCUACGUGAACAUCGCUAUAGACGACACACCCAUCGACCGGUCGUCCACUAAACAGCGGACAUUCAAACCGCUGUGGAAUGAAGUGUUCACGUGUGACGUCCAGAACGGCCACAAUCUGUUGCUCACAGUCUUUCACGACGCGUCCAUUCCUCCCGACGACUUCGUGGCCAACUGUUCCAUCGCUUUCGACGAUCUUCUCACUGAUGAGGCCGUCAACGGCGCCAACACUUCGGAUAUUUGGGUGGACUUAGAGCCCGGCGGACGCAUACACGUGACGGUUGAGCUCCAGAGCCUACACCAGGACUCGAAGACGAUGAGCACGGGAUCCGCGCUCUCCUCCGAACCGCGAGAGUUUAAGGAGCGCCAGGGCUUUAACCGGCGUCGGGGCGCUCUUCGACGGCGUGUGCAUCAAUUUAAGGAGCGCCAGGGCUUUAACCGGCGUCGGGGCGCUCUUCGACGGCGUGUGCAUCAAGUGAAUGGCCACAAGUUUAUGGCCACUAUUCUACGUCAACCGACCUUUUGUUCGCAUUGUUCGCAAUUUAUAUGGGGUUUAGGCAAACAAGGCUACCAGUGUCAGGUGUGCACGUGUGUCGUACACAAGAGGUGUCACGAGUCAGUGGUGACCAAAUGUCCCGGUUGUAAAGAGGACAACGAUAGCUCGCUGUUGGCCGGACGGUUCAAUAUCAACGUUCCGCACAGGUUUGUGGUCCACAGCUUCCGGACGCCCACCUAUUGUAAUCAUUGCGGCUCAAUGUUGUACGGAAUCUUCAGACAAGGCCUCAAAUGCGCCGAAUGUGAUAUAAAUGUCCACAAGAGAUGUCAGAACAAUGUGGCCAACAAUUGCGGAAUUAACGCCAAAGUGUUGGCCGAUGUGUUGCAAGGAUUGGGUAUUUCGGGCGAA